UAACUUGACUAUUAUUAAGAAGAUGGUGAAUAUAACAAAUGUGAGCGAGUAUGAAGCAAUUGCAAAGGAAAAGUUGCCAAAGAUGAUUUAUGAUUACUUUGCGUCAGGGGCAGAGGAUGAGUGGACUUUGAAAGAGAAUCGGAAUGCAUUCUCAAGGAUUAUGUUCAGGCCACGUAUUCUUAUCGAUGUAAGCAAGAUAGAUUUGACAACAACUGUCUUAGGCUUCAAAAUAUCAAUGCCUAUCAUGAUUGCUCCUACAGCCGCGCAAAAGAUGGCUCACCCUGAAGGAGAAUACGCUACUGCUAGAGCAGCAUCAGCAGCUGGCACCAUCAUGACACUAUCCUCAUGGGCUACUUCCAGCAUUGAGGAGAUUGUUUCAACAGGACCUGGCAUUCGCUUCCUCCAACUCUAUCUGCUUAAAGACCGAAAUAUGGUUACUCAGCUUGUGAGAAGAGCUGAAAAGGCUGGUUUCAAGGCAAUUCUCCUUACUGCAGACUCUCCGGUCAUUGGUCGUAGAGAGGCUGACAUAAAAAAUAGGUUGACAAUCAUUGCGAAAUUUCAUUUGAAUUGAUAAGUCUUAUAUUUAAAAAAUAGUACUAAGAUACUGGUGCAUGGAACACGCGGAGUUUGUAAUCAGAUUAAGAUAAACACUAUUAGAAGUUUGUACUGGAGAUUUAAAAAACAUAUAUAUUCCUGGUUUGUUUAUUGGAGAUU